AUGAGCACGAACGACGCUGCACAGUCGAAACGCCGAAGCUGGAUUACUCGAGUGGCGAGACCAGGCAGCAGCAGCGGGCGCUCAGCAGGGAGUGACAGACCAACGAGCAGCGGUGGGCGUUUUGGAGGAGGCGGAGGCUGGUUUCCUGGGUCGAGCACCAGCGACAAAGCCGAGCGCGAGCCGCUGCCCACACCGCAAGAGGGCCAAGUGCUGGACUUGGCCAGUCCGGCAGCGUCUGUGCGAAGCAUCCCCUUGCCCGACGAGCCCCGGAGGCCAGCGACGUCCAGCGGAGGCGUUCCCUUCACGCGAUCAGAAACCCUGGAUUCCCCGCAUUCGUCUCGGCCAUCCACCCCGAAACGAUGGUCGCUCAGGUCGUCCGGGCAGCAGCUUGACCAGGACGGUCCUGUUAUCAACGGCCUCGAGCGCACUACUUCUACGCCCCUGUCUUCGUCCACCUCGUCCUCCAAGGCUUCCGACGCGAACGCCCGCAACACAGGCUCGCUUAGCAAGAUGUCCUUCAGCUCUAUGAUAGGUGGUCUCUCGUCGUUAUCUCUCUCUCGCACCAGCACGAACAAUAGUACCACGAAUGUCAACGGCCCCUCCGAUGACAACGAUAAGGGCAAGGAAAAGGAGUCGAAAGAAUCGAAAGAACCUAGGGGCCGUACUAUGGACAAGGACAAGGCCAAGGCGACCCGCUCGUGCUCAGCAGUAGCAGCCGAGACGUCGGUUUCGCGAAGCAGGUCCCGUGCUCGUUCCCAAUCUCCAUUCAGCUUUCGUCGUUUUCGCCGCCGAGAGACAUCGCCUCCUUUGCAACCCGUACCUCUGGCUAUCUCUGAUCUUGAUGUCUCUGACACCUCCUCGAUUCGCCCCCGUCAUUCGGCAUACGACGUGCGCGACGGUGAUGGUGACGAUGACUCGGGCGAUGAAACCAUCGGUGAGACGGACGCAGAAACCGAAGAAGAGAGCUGGAGCGAGGCUGAUCUGUUUGAUACGGUAACCGAACGUAACACGGAGCAGAACUCUAUUAUUACGCCUAUGGCCCAUCCUGAUAACAAUCCAACGCUUGUAGACGACGCGGAUGUCGACCCUGACCCCACUGGUGAAGGAGUGAACAUCGUUGUUCCUCCCGAACCGUACUUCCCAUCCACUCUCAAUUCCACACCAUCGGUGCGCGGCAAGCGCAAUCCCCGCAGACGCAAAUCUACGAGACACCACGAUCCGCUCCCCUCUACGACCUCGCGGCCUGUAUUCCAGCGAGACCGAUGCACGAUCACCAUCAUUCAGGGAGAUCCUGAAGCCAAAUUGGCCCAAAUUGGUCGCAGAUGCAAACGUUACGUCGUUGCGAGCGAUAUGAGUGAAGAGAGUAGGUACGCCGUUGAGUGGGGUAUUGGCACAGUGUUGAGAGACGGAGACGAGAUGUGGGUCGUCAAUGUCGUUGAGACGGACACCAAGAUUGACCCUCUCAUUCCCAAUGCCGCCGAUCGAGCCUUGAAGGUCAAGAGCCAGCAGGAGCGUCAAGCAUUUGCUUACAUCUUGGCGCGACAAGUCAACUCGCUUCUUUCAAGGACUAAACUUAACGUCACCAUCCAUUGUCAAGCAUGGCACGCGAAGAAUGCUCGACACAUGUUGCUCGACGUUAUCGACCACUACGAACCCAGUAUGCUGAUCGUUGGCUCAAGGGGCAUGAGUCAUCUGAAGGGGAUUUUGUUGGGGUCCACCUCUCACUAUCUCAUUCAGAAAUCAUCGGUCCCUGUCAUGGUGGCUCGUCGCCGCCUUAAGCGUGCUCCCAAGCGCUCCGCCCACCUAGCGAAGCACCGCGCUCAUGUUUCGCUCGCGGAGGCUGGAAUCGACAGAGUUGCUGCUAAAGUUGACCACGAUGUUCAAGUCAUGCGAGACGAGAUGCAGCGCGAGGAGGCUAAUCACGAUAGAAAUGGCCAUCGGGUCAUUGAGGAAGAUCCCGAAGACGCCGAGGUCGAAGAAGACGACAUGGAGGGCGAUAUCAUCAGCUCGAAGGUUGCGGGAUGA